CCCGAGGACCCCCCCGGAGCCCCCCGGGACCCCCCGGGGCCGCUGGCGCUGCUCAAGGCGCGGGCGCUCGACGUCACCUUCGAGGUGGGCGACGAGUACGAGAUCAUCGAGACCAUCGGCACCGGCGCCUACGGCGUGGUCAGCUCGGCACGGAGACGGGACACGGGCCAGCAGGUGGCCAUCAAGAAGAUCCCCAACGCCUUCGACGUGGUGACCAACGCCAAGCGGACGCUGCGGGAGCUGAAGAUCCUCAAGCACUUCAAGCACGACAACAUCAUCGGCAUCAAGGACAUCCUGCGGCCCGCGGGGCCCUACGGCGAGUUCCGCUCCGUCUACGUCGUGCUGGACCUGAUGGAGAGCGACCUCCACCAGAUCAUCCACUCCUCCCAACCCCUCACCCUGGAGCACGUCCGCUACUUCCUCUACCAACUCCUCCGCGGCCUCAAGUACAUCCACAGCGCCAACGUCCUCCACCGCGACCUCAAACCCAGCAACCUGCUGGUCAACGAGAACUGCGAGCUGAAAAUCGGCGAUUUCGGCAUGGCCCGCGGCCUGGGCGCCGACCCGCGCCAGGCCAAGGCGUUCCUCACCGAAUACGUCGCCACGCGCUGGUACCGCGCGCCGGAGCUGCUGCUGUCGCUGCACCGCUACACCCGCGCCAUCGACAUGUGGUCGGUGGGGUGUAUUUUUGCCGAGAUGCUGGGACGCCGGCAGCUCUUUCCCGGUCGGAAUUACGUCCACCAGCUCCAGCUGAUCAUGGCGGUGCUGGGGACGCCGCCGGCCGGCGUCAUGGCGGCCAUCGGCGCCGAGCGCGUCCGGGCCUACGUGCAGAGCUUGCCGCCGCGGCCGGCGGUGCCGUGGGAGAGUCUUUUCGGCGCGGCCGAGCCGGCGGCGUUGGCGCUGUUGGGGCGGAUGUUGCGGUUCGAUCCGAGGGAGAGGGUGGGCGUGGCCGAGGCGUUGCGUCACCCGUUCUUGGCCAAGUACCACGACCCCGAGGACGAGCCCGAGUGCGUGCCGGCCUUCGACUUCGCCUUCGACCGGCAGGCCUUGACCAAGGAGGAGAUCAAGGCGGCCAUCGUGGCCGAGAUCGCCGAUUUCCACGCCCGGCGCGACGGCAUCCGGCGGCAGAUCGCGCCGGCGCCGGCGGGAGGCGCCAAAAUGGCCGACGCCAACAUGGCCGACGCCAACAUGGCGGACGUCGGCGUCAAAACGGCCGAAGCCGACGUGGCCGGCGUCAACGUGGCGGGCGCCGGCGUCAAAAUGGCCGACGCCGGCGCCAAGAUGGCGGACGCCGGCGCCAAGAUGGCGGACGCCGGCGUCGAGAUGGCCGGCGCUAACGUCAACAUGGCGGCCGGCCCGGCGUGGCCGGCGUGCGCCGACGUGGACAUGCCCAGCCCGGGCCCCGCCCCCGACUGCCCGAUGGAGUCGCCGCGGGUGAAGGCGGAGCCGGGGGCGGGGCCGGCGGCGGCGGCCGCGCCCAAGAGGGACGGCGCCAUCUCUGACGACACCAAGGCGGCGCUGAAGGCGGCGCUGCUGAAGUCGGCCAUGAGGAACCGCAGCAAAGACCCGCCCUGCCCCGCCCCGGACGCCCCCGAGGGCCGCAAGCCGGUGACGGCGGCCGAGCGCCAGCGCGAGCGGGAGGAGAAGCGCCGGCGCCGCCAGGAGCGCGCCAAGGAGCGCGAGAAGAAGCAGCGCGAGCGCGAGCGCCGCGAGCCACGCCCACGGGGGGAGGGGCUCCACGGCCUGGUCCUCACCGACGACGACCGCCACCUCCUGGAGCGCUGGACCAAGAUGGCCGACGGCGCCCCGCCGCGACAGCCGGCCCCGCCCCUUCCCCGCCCGGCCCCGCCCCCUCCCGCCUGCGUCGCCCCGCCCCCGCCCGCCGAGGCGUGGCCGGCCGCGGGGGCGUGGCCGGAAACCGGCGGCGACGCCGACGUUGCCACGGUGACGCAGCAGCUCCAGAAGUCGCAGGUGGAGGAUCCGUUGCCGCCGGUGUUCCCGGUGACGCCCAAGGGAAGCGGCGCCGGUUACGGCGUCGGCUUCGACCUGGAGGAGUUCCUGAGCCAAUCGUUGGACAUGGUGGGGGAGGCCAAGGACAGGUGGGGAGGGGGAGGGGCUGGGAGGGGGGGNUCGCUGUUGGCCGAUUGGCUGGAGGUUCACCGGCUCAGCCCCGCCUCCCUGGAGAGCCUCCAGCGCGACCUCCAGCUCGGCUCGCCCAUGCUGCUGGCCGACGACGUCACCGAGCCCUGACACGCCCACGGACACGCCCACGGACA